UCAAGGAAAGGUAGCUACUAUGAGCAUUUAGUUACCGUACGAUUAAGCGAGAAAUUGCAAUGGACGGGAGCACUGACAACAGCGAUCCGCCUCCGCCGUCCGACAAGACAAGCUUCCUCAAGACAUGCUUCAAUGGAAUCAACUCACUCUCAGGGGUCGGGCUUCUCUCGCUUCCCUACGCACUGUCCCAGGGCGGAUGGCUGAGCCUAAUCGUCUUCCUCGCCAUCGCCGCCAUCAGCUUCUACACGGGGAUUCUCCUGCAGAGAUGUAUCGACUCCAGCUCUCUCGUCGACACCUACCCGGACAUUGGAGCCCACGCCUUCGGCCGGAGAGGCCGCGUCAUCGUAGCCGCCUUCAUGUACCUCGAGCUCUACCUCGUCGCCAUCGACUUCCUCAUCCUUGAGGGGGACAACCUGCACAAGCUGUUCCCGGCGGCGAGCUUCCGGCUAGGCGCCCUCCACGUCCGCGGCAAGCAGGCGUUCGUGCUGGCUGCCACGCUGGUCGUGCUGCCGACCACGUGGUUCAGCAGCCUCAACGUGCUCGCGUACGUCGCCGCCGGAGGAUCCCUGGCGUCCGUCGUCCUCAUCGCCGGCGUCCUCUGGGUCGGGGUGUUCGACGGCGUCGGGUUCCACGAGACGGGCAGGCUGGUGCACUGGGCCGGCAUGCCCAGCGCCAUGAGCUUGUACUCGUUUUGCUUCAGUGGACAUGCCGUCUUUCCCAUGAUAUACACGGGGAUGAAAGACAGAAAAAGGUUCCCCGCGGUUCUGUCUGUGUGCUUCACCUUGAGCACACUCAGCUACGGCUUCAUAGGCGUCAUCGGGUACCUGAUGUACGGCGACAUGCUCCAAUCACAGAUCACCCUCAACCUUCCAUCGACGAGCGUCGCCGCCAAGGUGGCCAUAUACACGACGCUGGUGAACCCGCUGACAGGUUACGCGCUGCUGGUGGCGCCCGUCGCUGAGGCAGCCGAGGGCGCGCUCGGCGUCAGCAAGAGCACGCCGCUCCGGGCUCUCGUCAGGACGGGGCUCGUCGCCGGGACCGCCGUCGUCGCGCUGGCCGUGCCCUUCUUCGCCGAAGUCGUGGGGCUCACCGGCGCGCUCCUCAGCUGCACGGUAACGAUGCUUCUUCCGUGCGUGUGCUACCUCAAGGUCCGCUCCAAGAUCGGGGGCGCCACCGCGAUGCGGCUGGAGACGGCAGCUUGCCUGGCCAUUGUGGCGGUUGGCGCCACGAUUGUUGGAUUGGGAACUUACAGCUCCGUGAAGCAAAUAGUUCGGAGGUUGUGAUGAACGUGUGUGGAAGACGAUAAUCCAUGCAUCCGAGCACGGGUGUUGCUGCGACAAAGACCUAUGAGUGAGAGUAGUCUGUUAGGAAUAAUCUUGAGUUUAGGUUUCCUAACAUGUGAGUACUUAGUUGAGUCAAUUGUCAAGUUAGUACGUGCGUGUCGUACGCGCCAUGGAGUCCUAGCUAGUUUGUAUCCUAGUCGGUGUCACGUGUGCUAGCUAGUUUGGUUAGUAGGUUCCGAGUACGUAAGAGUAGAUCAGGUUCUUUGUCUCCAUGUCGGUUUGGACAGGUUUCUAGUAAGAGUACGAUUACGAUUGAGACGUCUGGGUU